ACAAACGUGUGUUGGUAAUUAUUGAGUAGGUUCGUGAUAUAUAUAAAAGCGGGAGCGUACUUGGAAAACGUGGAGGUGGAGAGGAAGAAGAAGAAUUUGAUGUUUGUGGGAGAUGGGAUAGAGAAGACAGUGGUGAAGGCGAGCAGGAACGUCGUCGACGGCUGGACGACUUUCCGGUCUGCAACUGUCGCUGUGGUUGGUGGCGGAUUCAUAGCCAAGGGUAUCUCCAUCGAAAACUCAGCAGGACCUAGUAAACACCAAGCAGUAGCCUUAAGGAGUGGUUCUGACCUCUCUGCAUUCUACAAAUGCAGCUUUGUUGGCUACCAAGACACCCUCUAUGCCCAUUCCCGUAGGCAAUUCUACCGAGAAUGUGACAUAUACGGGACAGUCGACUUCAUCUUUGGCAAUUCAGCCGCUGUGUUCCAAAACUGCAGCUUAUACGCGCGCCAACCAAACCCCAACCAAAAGGUCGUUUUCACUGCUCAAGGGAAAGAAGACCCUAAUCAAAACACUGGUAUAUCAAUUUUGAACAGCAAGAUGGUUGCGGCUGCUGAUUUGAUCCCCAACAAGACUUCGUUUAAGACGUACCUAGGGCGUCCAUGGAAGGAGUACUCUAGGACCGUGAUUCUAAAGUCAUACAUUGAUGAUUUGGUUGAUCCUGCUGGAUGGUUGGAGUGGAAUGAUACAUUUGCAUUGAGCACAUUGUAUUAUGGGGAGUACAUGAACCGGGGUCCCGGGUCCAACACAAGUGCAAGAGUAAAAUGGCCUGGUCACCGGGUUAUUAACAGCUCGGCUGAGGCAAACCAGUUCACUGUUGGGCCUUUUAUUCAGGGACAUGAGUGGCUGAAUUCUACCCGUGUUCCUUACUUCCUCAAUUUGAGUGCUAGUUGAGGAAAAUUCCAUUGAAUUUCUUGAUUUGAAUUUGGUCGAGUAGCUUGGUGAUUGAUGUGGCCAGCUGCUAUUACCAUAUGAAUUGGUUGUAUUGUAACCGAUCUAUCCAAUAAAUAUUUGCUUUAAAG